CAAGCAAUCCGCCCGCCUCGGCCUCCCAGAGAACUAGGAUUACAGGCGUGAGCCACCGCGCAUGGCUAGACCUAAUAUUUCUUGAAACUUCAAAUCUCAUGCCCUUCUCAUUGCACUAAUGAUUAUUCCAUUAUGUAGGAGCAAGGGAGAGUUGAGAACAUUUGAGAGGUUAUCCAGAAGACCAGUUCUGCGUAGUUUAGCAAUUAACAUGAGAGGAGGUAACACUGUUCACCUGUGUAGUGGAGUAGGCACCCAGAGACAGAGGAGAGUUUCACCUUCACCAGGUGUCUCGGAUAUUCCUGUUCCUGCAGAAAGGAAAAAGUGCAGUUUCAUCUCCAUUCCUUGACCUCCAAACCAACUUCUCCACUGGACCAUCGCAGGCGAGGACGAUGAGAUGGCGAAGGGUGUCAGAGAGGCUAAAGCUUAAUGGUGAAUCCCAGAUUUUCAAGAAGGCAGCAAAGUCCUGGGAGGGCGAGGUAUUGUGCCUUUUUACACCUUCCUGGUCACCUAGCCCAGAACGGAAAACAGGAGAACAGCGAGUCGAGAAUCCCGGCGAGCCUCGGCAGCCGCCAUUUCCUCCAUUCUCGCAAAGACUACCGGCGCCACAAUGCAACGGGGCGCUGAGCCAAUUCCCAGGGAGCAGCGGGCGAGGCGCCACCGACUGCGAAAGACUACAAGCCCCAGUAGGCGCCGACACGCCGCGCCCGGGCCUGCGCCCCAGGAUGCUCCGCGGGGCAAAAUGGCUGCGCCGCGGGCGGAGGCCGAGGGUAGCUGGUGCUAGGCCCGUGUGUCCCCGCCGGCUCUUCCUUUAGGACCCUGCGGGUUCCGCGGAAGGACCUCGCGUCCCUAGCCAACAAAUGCAUAUGGGCUUUUCUCGCUGUGGUCACAGGGACGUGCCGACAGAGCCUUUGCCCUGAUAGGCAACCCCGGCAUUUAGCCGCCCGGACCCGGAACAUUUGGAGGGCUGCCUCUGCACUCCGAGGCACGAGGGGAGACGAGCAGGUCCCAGUGUUCCGCCAGGUGCGAGACUGAGCCAGGUGUGACACUGAGCGAUCCAUGCCUGCAGGCGCGGGGAGGCGUGGCCUCCCCCACGGCCGCCACCUCUGCUGGUUGCUUUGCGCUUUCACCUUAAAGCUCUGCCAAGCAGAGGCUCCUGUGCAGGAGGAGAAGCUCUCAGUGAGCACCUCAAAUUUGCCGUGCUGGAUGGUGGAAGAGUUUGUGGUGGCAGAAGAGUGCACUCCAUGUUCUAAUUUUAAGACUAAAACUACCCCUGAGUGCAGUUCCACAGGGUAUGUAGAGAAAAUCAUAUGCAGUUCAUCUAAGAAGAAUGAGUUCAAAAGUUGCCGCUCAGCUCUGAUGGAACAACACUUAUUCUGGAAAUUUGAAGGGGCUGUCGUGGGUGUGGCCUUGAUCUUCGCUUGCCUUGUCAUCAUUCGUCAGCGACAACUGGACAGAAAGGCUCUGGAAAAGGUCCGGAAGCAAAUCGAGUCCAUAUAGCUAUAUUCUACACUUUUAUCCUGGGUCUUAGAGACCCUAUCUCAGACAGAGAAAGUGAAAUGAACUGAUUUGCACCCUUGGUUCUUUGGAGCCUUGUGAUGGUAUCCCCUUCUCCCAUAUUCCUCUUUCAGAUCAUUAAUGAACAGAAUAAAAAGAGUAAAAUAGUUUUCUUCCCUACU